UUCCAAAAUCUUGGAACUAAGUGCAUGUCCUCUGUUAUUGGAAAGAAAAAGUAAACUGCAAGCAACAUUUUAACUGAAGCAUUUGUUCUUCAAUUCCAAUUUUCGUAUGGAGAAACAUUUAAUUUUAGCUAGCUACUUCUUUUCUUCUUACUUUUUUUGCAUAGUAGUAUCCGUAAAGAAGGGAAGGCAGUGAAGAAGUGGUGAAAAUGGACAAUAGGCAUUUUCUUCUGGGGAGUUUUAAUGGAGAAGUUGAUGAAACAAGUAAAUCCACAUGCCUUAGUUUGUUAAGUGGAAAAGUCAGGAGAUCCUUGAAUGAGUUGCAAGAUUUUGCCAAGAAAGCAUGGGAUAUGGGUCGGUCCGAUCCUCGGAAGAUCAUAUUUGCAAUAAAAAUGGGAAUGGCAUUGUCAAUCGUAUCAUUGCUCAUAUUCUGUAAAGCAGUUGAGGAUAUUUCUCAGUACUCUAUUUGGGCAAUAUUAACAGUCAUUGUUAUGUUCGAGUAUACAAUAGGAGCAACCUUUAUAAAAGGUUUUAAUCGGCUACUGGGCACUCUGUGUGCUGGAAUGCUUGCCUUUGGCUUUGCGGAGCUAUCUUUGCUGGUUGGUAAAUGGGAGGAAGUUGUAAUUGUUAUCAGUAUUUUCAUUACAGGAUUUUUCGCAUCCUAUCUGAAGCUGUAUCCAACCAUGAAGCCUUAUGAAUAUGGAUUUCGGGUGUUCGUAUUGACUUACUGUAUCCUUAUGGUAGCUGGGAAUAGAACCAGGGAAUACACCGAGGCAGUUGUAACUAGAUUAGUGCUAAUUGCACUUGGUGCUUGUGUGUGUUUGGUAGUAAAUGUUUGUGUGUACCCCAUCUGGUCAGGUGAUGCUUUACACAGUAUGGUGGUGAAAAAUUUCAAGGAUGUUGCGAAUUCUGUAGAAGGUUGUGUUAAUGGGUACUUGAAAUUUGUCGAAUAUGAGAGGUUCCCCUCGAGGAUUCUAACUUACCAAUCUUAUGAUGAUCCACUUUACAAUGGCUAUCGAUCAGUAGUGGAAUCCACAAGCAAAGAAGAAAAUUUGUUAGGAUUUGCUAUCUGGGAACCACCUCAUGGUCGUUUCAAAAUGUUUAAUUAUCCUUGGAGAAACUAUGUUGAAGUAUGUGGUGCACUGAGGCAUUGUGCAUUUAUGGUGAUGGCACUCCAUGGGUGCAUUCUCUCAGAAAUACAGGUUAUCUCCAAUAUCUUUUUAUUGGUAUAUCAGAAGAUUAAAUGCUCUACACAGAAUAGGGGUCUGUCGUCCUUUUCUGAAACUCUUUCUUCCCCAUCCUGCAAGGCCCCGGCAGCAAGGCGGCAAGUUUUUCAAAGUGAGCUCCGGAGAGUUGGAGCAGAGACUGCUAAAGUUUUGCGUGAGCUUGGAAGCAAAUUUGACAAAAUGGAAAAAUUAUGCCAUGAAGACAUACUAAAAGAGGUGCAUGAAGCAGCAGAGCAAUUGCAGAGAAAGAUAGAUGAAAGGUCAUACCUACUAAUUGCAAGACAGCCUAGGGAACUGCAUGAUCCUGAACAAAAUCCUGAAAAUAAAAAGGAGAACAAAGAUAAUAUGCAAUUGGGAUCUAAGUCCUUAAGUGAAACCGUGCUGGACUUAAGGUCAGUUGCUGUUUGGACACCUAUCUCACCUACAAGAUACUCCUCAGGUAACUUGUUCAGGAAACAAGCACCGUGGCCUUCAAGUCUUGCUUUGGAUGCCGGCGAAAAUGAGUGCAGAACAUAUGAAAGUGCAAGUGCCUUAUCUUUAGCAACUUUUGCUUCCCUUUUGAUUGAAUGCGUUGCAAGGCUCCAAAGUCUUGUUGAAGCCUUUGAAGAACUAAGUGAGAAAGCAGAGUUUAUGGAGCCCAUUGUAGACUAUGCAAUUGCCAAAAAGAAGGCUAGAUUUUGUGGCAGACUCUUUGGAUGCUUAAAGUUCUCAAACUGAGAUGUGAAUUUUCUUUUAGCAGAAUAUCAUGAACUUUCACUGUAAGCAUAUAUGUUGUUGACUCAACCUUGACACUCUUCUUUCAAAAAAUAACCAUAAUAAUCAUAAUAAUAAUAAAAAAAAACCUUGCAGUUUAAA